AUGCCCGUGGACCUGGCCAUGCGGCUCUGCCUGAGCCACUCGCCCCCCAUCCGCAAGCUGCUGAACUCCUGUGAGGAGCUGCGGGGCAACAGAGGGUGCAAACCCCUCCGAUCCUGUCUCAACCAGAAGCUGAGUGCAGAACCUGAGCCCGAGCAGCGAGAUAGCACUAAGAGCUCCAAGGGCCAGAAGAAAAAGAGAGUUGUGUUUGCUGACAUGAAGGGACUCUCGCUGACAGCUGUCCGCUUCUUCUCAAAGAUUGAGGAGGACCUCUGUGAUUUGCAGCAUGCCCUGUCUGACCUCGCCUGCUUCCGACCUAGGCUGCGGGACUCACACCCAGAAGCGUGCAGGUAUGUGCUAGACUUCCCACAGCCCUCUGCGGACUACAUGGCUUUCCGCAGCCGCCUACACAGCAACCUUGUCUGCCUGGAGAACUGCCUGAUCCAGGACCAUGCCCUGUCAGGGACAGUGAAGGUCAGAAACAUUGAGUACGAGAAGAAAGUGAUGGUCCGCAUCACCUUUGAUGGCUGGAAGAGCUUCCGGGACAUCUCCUGCCAGUACAUGCAUAGCACGUAUGGCUCAGCUGACACAGACACCUUCUCUUUUGAGCUUGCCCUGCCCAAGCCAUCUGUCUCCCACAGGGCCACAGAGUUCUGCAUUUCCUUCCAGUGCGGACGGAAGACACAGUGGGACAACAACCAUGGGAGGAACUACAAGAUCUGCCAUGUGGGCAUGAUCCGCCCUCCCUCCCAUGCUGUGAAGAGAGCCAGUGGGGCCUGGAAGCAUCUUGGCACCUCUCAGGCUGCUGCCUUGGUCCUUUCUCACUUGCAGACCUGGCGGUGCUUGGAGACCCAGGCUCCUUAUUGGUAG